AUGACAGAUAUACUAAGCGAGAUAGUGUUAUGGAGAAGGAAGCAGCUGAAUGUUGGAAUCCUCGUAGCAGCAACGGCCACAUGGAUCGUGAUGGAUGUUUACCACUACACUUUCAUCACUCUCCUUUCUUGUGUGUCCAUCGCCCUCCUCUCCUGCCUGUUCUUCUGGGGCAGCAUCCACCGCUUCUUGAAAAAGUAUGUAACAAGUGGCCAUCAUUCUUCAUCAAAGGUUGAAUUAGUACUAAGCUAUAAAUAUGUUGUAGGGAUUUGGGGGGCGAUGACGGUGCCGGUGAUUUAUGUGAAGAAUGAGCAGAAGAUACGAGAAUUUGAAGGUAGUGCGAUGAUGACAUGGCAAAGGUUGAAUGUGAUGUUUGAGGACAAGUUUCAGAUUGUGAAAAGCAAGAUUACAGGGAAACAGAAAGAGGUUAAGGAAAAGAAGACCAAGUAG